AUGGUGUCCGCUCAUCAAGCACCAAGGAACGGUCCAUUUCAAGCGUCAAUCCUGCGCGACAGUCCCUCACCACCGAUCACUGCAUUGACGACACAAGUGAAUCGAUGCAACAAUUUCUACAACAACAAUGCCUCUUACAGCAAUAUCCCACCUAAUGAUGUUCUUAAUACCAAUAGCGAUGCGUACACGAAUCACCACGAUCACACUCCACUCAUUAACUCCAGCACGUCACCUCCAUAUGACCAGAUAAUAAAUCGUCGUCCAAGUCCCAUCGUUCGGCGGAAACGUCGUCGACUGCAUUUGCAACCGGAAAGCGUCGAUAAACUUUCUGUUGUUUGCUUUCCACUUGCCUUCACACUUUUCAAU